AUGUUGCUAUUGGUGAUAAAAUCUUGCAAGACAAAUGCGUCAGUCAGCAUCCAAAAAGAAUCAAGUGGCACAAGCCAGGCAUCGCCUGAAGAGCCCGAUGACAACAAUAGUAGGCAAAAUUUAAGUGGUUCCAGUACAAGUUCAAAUAAAAGCAGGAAAAGUGAUUUUGAAUCAGAAUUUGAAGACUGUGAUUUGGAUGGAGGAUCAGUUGCUUUGGAAACAAGGCUACGUAAAGUGGCGCGUAAAAAUGCAUUGUCUCAUGAAGAAAUGAUGAAACUCCUACACAAAUUCGUUAAAAAUGAACACAUCCUUGCACUCAUAACCUUGAAGGCUGAAGAUGAGCUGGCUCGUGAGAAACUUAAGGCUGAAGAUAGAGCCAUUAUUAUAACAGAUACUCCAUCCAUUCAAUUAACCCGUUCGAAAGCAAAGGAACUCAAGAAGCAGCCGAUUAUUUCAUUGCCAAAAAUCCUGAGUGCAGCAAACAGAAUAGCAUCACUGAUUAAUGAAGAGCUGAACUCGGACGAAGAAGAUGAAGAAUAUACAUUCAAAGAAAAGAUUUCGUGGUAAGAUUCUUUCUGAUAUUCGCAUUAUUUCAGUAAUUUAUCUUUGUCAUUUACAGUCAGAUGAUGAUCCAACACAACUGCUUCCGAUUUGGACUCCAAUCCGCGAACUCCUCAAACUCCAGCCGUUCAAACCGAACCGGAUGAUUCACCUGUAAAACUUACUGAGGAUGGCUGUUUCAAGGUACCGCUUAAUAAAAGUCCCCAAGAAGAGCUCAGAAUCGCAACUCGAACGCGAUCGAAAUUGUGUCUGCAACAAACCACCAUAGAAGAUAUUGAGUCUGAAUUUGUUCCACCCGAUGUUGACUACACUGAGCCGGCAGAACCAGAUUCUCAGGUGGUCGAUGAAGAUUGGAAUCAAUUUUUAACCGAUUUCUUAAAGCCACUGAAUUCUAGUUUAGUAGGAGAUGAUGACGAUCCCAUUAAUGACCCCGAAUAUGUUGCAGCUGAAAAAGAACUUGGAAAUGGCAACUGCCCUCCCAUAAAGUUCCUGAUAACCACGAAUCUAUCAUUUGACACAGUGCAGAGACCGGCAUUUUUGGAGUUGUUUUCCUAUGCUGAUAUCGCAAUAGAAAUACAUCCAUCCAAUUAUUACGAAAAACUAGUCAAGGAUACAUGCGAUUACAAACGAAUGGAGUUGUUUCAAAUAUUUAAUGCCAGCACAUUAUAUUUUUGCUGUACCCUUGAUGUAUGGAAUUACAACGGAUUCUAUUACAUUGCGAUAUCUGCUCACUGGGUUGAUGAUGAAUUACGGAGGCAAUCUGCAUUGUUAGCAUGUAAAAAGUGUGUGGAAAAUUUGGCAUGUCUGGAGAAUUUGUAUCAUUUGUAUAGUGCAGCUAUGACACAAUAUGGUAUUGCUCCUACACAAAUUGUUGCCUGCACAACGUUAAACAUGCAAAACUAUUUUGAUGAUUUUGGCGAAUUGAAUUUGGGAAAAGAUGUAUUUCAGAACACGUGCAAUCCACAACUGAAUGAUGUUGCCGAAAAACUGACAUUUUUAUCAAAUCCGGAUGCGUUUCACGUUAAUGCAUUUAUGUUAGAUAUAAUAAAACUAAACAAAAUAUGGGGUGGCAACUUCUUUAGGAAGCUUAACAGUUGUGGAAAGUCCCUUCACAGUAGUUCAAUGGAAAAGUGCUGCAAUAUUUGGCGCAUAUAUAUGUCAAAAGAACAAACAGAUGUUGUAAUGUCCUUCCUUGGUGAACCCUUGGUAAAGCCAUGUCUCUACUCCGUGACAUCUCUAUAUGCAGCCAUAAAACAAUUGUUGAACAGCAAAGAACAACUCAAAGACAUCUCUAAAUGCUUAAAUGUUCCUUGUUUAUCAAAUCAAGAAAUUGACUAUCUACAAGAAUUCUUGCUUGUGUAUGAGCCAAUGGCUAUGGCAUUUGAAUUUUUAGAUAUGACACAAAACCACUAUUACGGCUGUUUCUUACCUACACUGGUAACGAUAAAAUGGAAAUUAAUAAGACUUUAUAACUCGAAAAAGCUGUGUCAUUUGCAAGAUGCAUUGCAACAGCUAAGGGAGGACCUACAAAUGGAUUUUAAAGAUUAUUAUAACUUGGAUGGAAGCAAAUCCGAUUCAAUUAUGGCUGCACUCACAUACCCGCCAGUUAAAACUCGUUUCCUUUCAGGACUUAAAGACAACAUAUAUUGUCUAAGUUUUCAUCCACGAAACAUGUUGCUCAAAUAUGGCAAGGAAUAUCAUAAAAGAGAUGACAACUUUCAUAAUCAGUAUACAUCACUUGUGAAUAUAUCAUCAGCGGAAUGUGAGGUUACUGAAUUUUUUGAUUUUGGUGAUUCAACUGAUUCUGCUGCCGAAAAUGGAAACCUUCCACAAUCAUUGAAAAUGGAAAUUGAUUCAUAUUUAGCAGAUCCUGAUGGUAGUUUAAAAUCGUUACAAAAAUAUCCGACUGUAAGACGAAUGUUCUAUCGUUAUAACACCUGUAUACCAUCACCAUCGUCGGUUUCACGUAUAUUUCCCGUGACAGAAUUGUUGCGAACCAGUUUAAGCUCUCCUUGGGAAGAGGAACAAUUUGAAAAUAAUUUCUUCUACAGCCACUAUUACGUCAACAAGAAUCUUGACGCUGAAGAGCUGAGAGAUGUGAACAUCUCGAAAAAAGAAAUUGCGGAGUUAAUGACUGAACUUUUAAGUAACUUAAAUGAAGGCAUACCAUUUGAUAGUAUUGAGUUGGAGACCCCUCGUAAAUUCAUAUUGAAUUAUCAAGAGGAACAACAAAAUACAACACCAAACACAUCGCCGGAAAAAAUAAGCGAAAAUGCGGAAUGUGUAAGCCGACAAUUACAAUUUGAAGAGCAGGCAUCAAUUCAGGAGCCGCCACAGCAGCCACAAGAAUCUAUGCCGGAGUCAUGUUCUAUAAUAUCAUCAAAUAAUGUUACACAACAAAAUAUGUCCUUCCAUCCGGACGUUAUGUCCACUCCUUCGACUACGCACAAUGGGCAGAAUAUCGUAGAACAAUCUCAAGAAAACGAUGAAACCUUGGCAAUGAUUCCAGUGGCAACACCUAAAAAGAAUGCCGACAACUCCCCUUCAAAUACAGUAUCCAUUCCCGCCAACAACAUAAGUACCCAAGUUGAUGUAAUUGCCGUACCUAUACCUGGUCAACCAAAUUGUUUUCAACUAGCAAGGGUUGUCAAUUCGACAGAUGAAUUGAUGGAGAGUGGAACAAAAGUAAUUACCGGUUCGAAGUUUCUAAAGGAGAAAUCGAAGGGAACUGCUGCGCGAUAUGAUGUGCCAUAUGAAACAAAUUACUCCGGAGAAUACAUCUCAAUAAAGCGGCAUGCCAUUGCCGAGUACAUAGAUAAGUUUGAAAGCCUUAAACACGCGCAGGUCAAUCAAAUUUCAAGUACUACAACUGAAUCUGAAACACCGUCAGAUAAAGAAUUCACAAAAUAUCAAUAUGAUUUAAUGCAACAACAAAUGCGAAUACACGUACAAAUGCUAACGCAAACCUAUAUACAAGUGUAUUGUCAUCCCGAGCUGUGGAAGCUAGCAUCGAAACCUAAAGAGAUGCUUUUAGAGUUGCAGCAAAAGUCCCAAGAUAAUGCCAAUUUCAAAAUUUGGAAUUUGGAAAAGGCAAUAAAUCUUAUAAAUAAAUGGUCGCAUGACUUGGAUCAGGAUACUGAAGAGAAUAGAGCACUGAUGCAGUUUCUUCACCGUGAAGUGGAAUUGACAAAUCACAAUACUCGGCAGAUUCCAAGAUUCCAUCCCCGUCUCUUGGAUUGUUUUUUGGAAUCUGAUGUUUUCAUUUACCCCGAAUAUCUGCCACGAAUGCCGUUUACACCCAAGGUAUUAACCAUAGAACACUUCUCGCCGGUGGAAUGCUACUUAAUAGCCAUGGGUCUGGAGAAACACGUAAAUCUCAUACGCCAAAGAAAAGAACGUAUUUUUAAGAAAUCUUCGGCUGAACGAUUGGCAUGCAAACGAUUCACCAAAGAUUUGUUACCAGGAAAUCAUCGGCGUGUUUGGGACCACAUUGUUCAAAUGAGAAAUGCUGAGUAUUACAAUCCCAUCAAGUAUUACUUUGAACACCAGAGGGCACCACCUGUAGAGUAUACACCUAUAAUUGGCUUUGAAAACAAUACCGUGCCCUUGCCCAAAGAUCGGUUUUCUGAAUUGCCACUAGUAUUUCAACAAUAUUUGCAAAAGAAAAACGCUCCUCCUGCGCCUCCGAAACCAAAAAGGAAACCCAAAAAUCCAAACGUGACGGUGUCAGAUAAAUUCAGAAAUUCAUUUUUUGAAUUUGUACGAGAAGCCGUAGGUGAGGACAUUCUUACUGAGGAAGAGAAUAUUGAUGAGACACCAGUUCAGACACAUCCAUGUGAAUCGCAGACAUUGUCGGAAAACAAUACUCCAACUACACGAAAAAGGAAUUUACCAAGCAACGACGCACCCAAAGCAAAAAGAAGAAGGCUUCCCCGUUCAUUGACCAUUAAUGUAAACUAUGUUUUUGGCAGUCCUCCAGCUACGAACCUGCCCUCAAUACUUCCAAAUACUUCAAGUGUUGCUGGUCUAAAUAAUACCACAUUACUAUCGUCCGCCAACAAUACUAGCACAGGAAGUCUCUUGGACGCGACGUCGACAAAUACAAACGUUGAUCAUAUAAACCGAAGUUGUAAUGCCAAUAGCUCAACCUUGGAUGUACCAGUUGUGACGUACAAUUUUGAUGUGACUACAAAAACACUUCAGCCGCAGUAUGGUCAGAUUUCAACAACAUUUAGUCAUCAGUCGGCUGAUAUAAAUACUGCAUCAAUCGAUACCGUAACGAUCUCUUCCGAUGAUUCCAUGCAAGGAAUAAAUCAUGCAGCGGACACGACUGCAUUAACUCAAGCCGCUGAAGAUAACUCUCAAAUACCAGCACCGGAAAAUUCAUCGACUGGCACAGGUCAUGCUGAGCCAACACAAUCUCCCACAACUACAAUAGAUAGAAGUCCUGAGGCAAACAACUCCACAGUUACAACAUCCGGAGAUCCAGCACAGUCUGCUACAAGUACAACACCAAUAAACCCCACCACUGCCAAAAGUCCCCAGGGGUCCAAACGGGAUACAACUUCAAAUUCAGAAAGAGAUAGGUGUUCGGACGCUUCACAAUUAAUUACAUCUGUAACUACCCUUUCCAACGUAAAAUCUAUUAACACGACAAAUAGACAACCUCAGCAGAUAGACUUAGGAAUAGUUUCGAAAAAUUCCCAACCAAAUGCAACAUUCAGUGAUGGCAACAAAGAAAAUUUAAAUACCACACUAAAAACAAAGCAGCAGUGUGGCAAAUACCGGCGUAGAACUGUUAUUCUAUCACACAUCACAAAGUUGAAUAGGAGUAUAACCCGAAAAUCAAUAGCCUAUCGAGAAAAACGAUCUAUUAAACAACGUUGCGAAGAUUUAAUAACCGCCUACGGAUUACAUUUGGAGACGCUGCAGGUACGCCACAAACACUCACCAAUUGUACAACAUUUCUAUCGAAGGUUUAAGGCUUUGGAAUUGUACACAAACCUGCUAAAGGGCUUGAAAAUGAUUUGCAACAAGAGUGCCAGUAACAACAAUGGAGGAAACUCCAGUCCCAGUGGCUUAAAACGUUCCCGCAAUUCAAAUGCCGAAGAUGAGAGCAGUCCAUCAACUCAAAGAAUGGCUAGAAAAAUUAAUCGGCAGGAGGAGAACUUCAGACACAUGUUACUGCCUGAUACUCCAGAGGAAGCUAAUCGUAAAGAUGCAAUUUAUGCAUUUAAUUUUUAUGAGAAAGUGGAGGAAGCAUUCAGGGCAUCCAACAGGGCAGAUGAUUGCAAAAAGUUUAACACUAUUUUAAAAACAUUUGAUCCCAAAAAGGACAAAGUAUCGGACUUAUAUUAUAAAUUGGAAAAACUGUUUUUGCCAGACCAUCCAGAAUUGGCACAAGUAUUCCUGACAUUUCUCUUGCCGUCCGAGGCGGCAGAAAUUGGAAAAUUUUUUGAACACUUUAUGAUAACUAAUAUGACAACAUUCAUCAACAAAUUGAACAUCUACUUCAACAAACAACCUGCCCAAAUUCGCAAAAUAUACAAUUGCCUCAAUGAAUUAGCUGAUGAUCCGGACGUGACUAUGAAGAAGAUUGAGUCGAAAAUCAUACCCCUCCUAAAGGGUAAUCAAUUCCUAAUAGACUGGUUUAUGCAACAGUUUCCCAAAAGCACUCCUCCCGAGAGAUUAUUUUCGACACCGGAGCAUAUAUUGAAUGUUAAAGAACAGCAAUCGAAUCGUCCAGGUGAACAUGUAGAGACAAUUACGGACAUGGAUUCAAGCGUAAAUGAUACUCAAAACCAGGCGCCCACUUGUCAGUUAAGGUACAUUAAUGGACGUAUUUUUUAUGGAUCUAAGAUGUUACUGCCCGCCAAAUUGUCCUUUAUGGCUGUGUCAUACAAAGACAAUCGAACGUCUACACCACCUGCACAACCCUCUCAGACUCAGAUUACUGGGUGUGUCCACGCUAUUAAGGACCACGGCGAAAAAACGUUUGCAAUCUACAUCGGAGCUGGCAAAGUUGCAGCCAACACUGAGUCUACCGAUGAACAGGACAAAUCUGAAGAGGAAGAUGUAUCGAAGGUUCUUGUAAUCGAUACUACAGCCGAAGAAGAUGAUAGUUGUUCAUCGUUUGAACCUUGUGAUGAGAAUACUCUGAAAGCACAUGCUUUGCGACUGAAUCCGUCAUAUUAUGGCUCCACUUGUUAUUCGGCAAGUGCAACGAGUACACCCAAUUUAAAUAGUAAUUUCCAAGGUCAUCAUCCCAACGCUAAAAAGGUAUCAUUGAAUUUCAAUGAGGAAGCUUCCACUGCGGGCAAUACACCAGCCACCGGAAAAACAUCGCCUCGCAAAAAUCAAGGACAUCAAUCAUUAAAUUCACCUUCGUCCACUGCAACCUCUUGUCAGUCACAUGCAAAUGUCCGUGAAAAACGAAAAUCUCCGAGUAAGAAAACAAAAUCUCCGCUGAUACAAGGCACCGGCAGAGCAGUUCGGUCGUUCGGCAACCAACCCAUGGUUGUCAUACAUGAAAAUAAUUCAGCCAUACAGUGUGCAAAACGUUUAAAAUCCAUGGUUGAAACGCCAUCGGAUGAGCAAAACUUGAAUGAAGACACCGUUGUUGAUACCAAGGAACACAUAAAUAUUGUGGCCAGAACCAAAACUAGUAUGAAAAGUUCGUCUUCGGUGGCGAACAGCGGUGCUGUAACUUCCACCACCACUACGCCUUCCUCAACGUUCAUCCCAAAUGCCAAUACCAAUGUCAAACAAGAACAUUCGGACGAUUUAGAAUUUCUACCAGAACACGCCUCAAUCACACGAAGUCCUUUCCCAACACUUAAAAUGGACACCGAUUCCAAUGAAGAAGAUGCAGCUCCAGCCAGAAAUGCCUCAGCAUCCAACAUUUGUAGCGAUGAAGACUGUAAAAUUGAUAUUGUUGCGAAUUUGGUUACGGAACCCACUGAAGACACAAACGAAAUUCCCCGUCCAGUGCCACUACCAUUAAAUGCAGCUUGGACUAGAGAUGAGGAUAAAGUAAUUUUAAUUGAAAUGAAGUUGGGCUCAACAAAUCGGGAAGAACUAUACCGACGUAUUGCAACAAAGCUGCCAAGACGGACUUUAUUCGAAAUAACGGCCAGACAUCAAUUCCUUGUGGAUUUUCUGGCAAAGCUACAAGGCAAAUAGAUUUUAUGUUAUAUGUUUUAUUUAAGUUAGCUUUAGUUUACUACAGCUGUAUAUAGUUAUUGUUAAAAUGUUUUUAAUUUUAAUAAAUUACAAGACAUUGAAGUGUUUUUCCCCAAAAAGGAAA